AUGUUGGUCGACUUGCCGUGGGAAGCUNUGGGCUGCAUUCUCCUCGUCGAUAGCUCGUCGACGGCGCUUCUCCCAGCGUUGCGCUGCGGGGUCUGUGGGAUCCUGGCGCUUCCCGCGCUCAGCCAUGGUGGUCGACUUGCCGUGGGAAGCUUUUUGGGGUGUUGUGGGUGCUGUCUAGGUGUGGUGUGAUGAAGGCAGCACGCGUGACCGGUGUCUGCUUCGGCUGCCCGGAAAAAGCGGGGCGUUUUUCCCCGGAACCGUGAAAGGACCAAGCCCCAAAAAAUCCCGGCUUCCUCUU